AUGGCUCCUCAAACUUGGCUCAUCACUGGCGCCUCAUCUGGCCUUGGCCUCCAUCUCGCAAUUGUCGCUGCGAAGCAAGGCAACAAGGUCGUUGCCACAACACGUUCACCUAAGAAAGCUCAGCAAGUUCAAGAUACAAAUAUCAACUUCGUCUACCUUGAUCAGAAUGAACCUCUUGACAAGAUAAAGGAAGAUAUGAACCUCAUUAUCUCCACUCAUGGACCAAUCGAUGUUGCCGUUAACUGUGCGGCUUACGUCCAAAUGGGUGUUCUUGAAGAUCUGACUCCUGAAGAUACAUAUCAACAAUUUCAAACGAAUGUUUUUGGAGCCCUCAACGUAUAUCGCGCCAUUCUACCUCACAUGAGGAGCAGAAGAUCUGGAACUCUGGUAACCAUCGGGUCAAUGGCAGCAUGGUUUGCCCAUCCAGCCGCGAGCAUAUACAACGCCUCCAAAGCAGCUCUACGGCUACUCAGCCUUGGUCUCGCCGGCGAAGUUCGACCUCUUGGCAUCAAACACUUGCUUGUCGAACCUGGCCGGUUCCGUACAGAAUUGUUGAAGCAGGAUGGGGAUUUUAGAACAUCAAGUGGGAGCGGCGGCAUCGCCGAUUACCGAGAGCUAAGCGAAGCAAACAAGCGUGAUAUUGCUUUUGAAAGCGACAAACAGCGUGGAGACCCGGUUAAAGGUGCCCAGGUUAUCUAUGACGUGGUUACUUCUAGCGGCAUGGCUAAAGAUAAAGAAAUGCCUUCGUUCUUGCCUCUGGGUGCUGAUGCGAUCGAAGACAUUACUGCUGCCGCAACCUCAGCGAUUGAUGUGUGUAAGGAGUGGAAAGACAUUGCUAGCUCUACAGAUUAUUAG